AACAGAAAAACCAACAAAAAAAAAAAACCUUCUUUCCUCUACUUUUAUAUUCGUUGCUGUUUUGAAACGGACCAACUCAUCGUCUCCCUUUUGGCACGUUAAAAGUUUAUCUGCCGUUCUCCCCGCGUCAUCGAGGAACUUUCAGCUCCGGGAGGGAUCGUCGUGUUUGAGAAAAGUGUCAAAAGUAGUCAACUCUCUCUGAAGAUGGAAAAGGGAUACCCACCCCAUGAGUCAGCUCCACCAUACCCUGGACCACCCAUGAACUACGGCGCAGCAGCACCACCUCCUGGCCAUGCGCCCCUACCCGGCUACGGACCCUCUGUGCCAUCAUCUGGCUAUCCUCCUCCACCUGGCUACGGACCUGCACCGCCAUUAUCUGGCUAUGCUCCUCCACCAAACUUUGCACAAGGGCCCUCUCCAGGAACUACAGCAGUUCCUACCACAACAGUUACUUACGUGGUAACCCCCAAUCUUCAAGAUGCCCCAGGACAAAGUUUGUGUCCUCGGUGCAAUCGCACCGUACUCACUCGGACAGAGCAUGUGUCAGGCCUGAUGGCGUGGCUCAUUUGUGGUGGCUUAUGCCUCUUUGGGUGUUUUCCCUGCGCUUGUAUUCCAUUCUGUGUUGAUGCCUGCAAAGAUGUGGAGCAUCGCUGUUCAUCCUGCAACCAAGUCCUCUACAUCUACAAGAGAAUGUAAAACUGUCCUUGAUGUGAAAAGAUUUAGAAAACUUAAUCACCCAGUUAAACAAGCAUUUACUCAACGUGUUUAGUACUUAUCCAGUACAUUAUAUAUUUUUUAUAAUAAUUAAAAGGGUAAAUAGCAAAAGCAUUUUUAUCAUUACUCUUCAUUUCAAUUUGAUGGAUUUAAAUAACUUUUAUUUGGCUCCCAACUUAGACUUGUGCGCAGUUUCAUCCCAUCGUGUUUGAUUCCCUUGGUUUAGAGUGACCUUUGGAGAGAUAGGUUUGAUGAUGGAUCAUGUUACUGCUCAGUCCAUCACUGUUUGAUCUGCCAUAUGAACUUCAUAUUAUCUGUUAUGAUCUAACACUCUUUUUUCCAGUUGUACAUGUGGUUGAGUUGAGUAACACUCUCUUGAUUUAAAUUUAAACUCCUUUCCUGACUGCCUUCUGCUCAUUUGUUAAGGUCAUGUUUUAGAGGUUGUUCAUGUCAAGACAGCAUGUCUGUCUUGUGAUGUUGUUACCAUUUUUUUAAAUGUGGUCAAGUAUGAAAUGGAAAAACAAAACACUUCCUGAAUGGUGUGAAAAAAACACCGCAGAGUGAAAUCCGUUUCACAUGAGUUCUGCUUUUCACUAUUUCUGCUUUAACUGGGGCAUUAUUUACUGUAAUGUCACAUGUUGGCUUUAUGUUAUUAAAUAGGUCAGUAAUUAUUACAGACAACACAAACAUCAAAUUGCAAGAUUCAAUCUAAAAAAUACACCAGGAAGUUUCUGUACAUAAAAAAACACCAUCAUAAAAAUGACAGGUGAUAUUUGGAUGACAACACAAUGGACUUUGUACUUUAACCAGGUGUGCCAGCAAUGUUACUCUUACACUUCCUCCUCUGUCUCUUGCUUAGAAUUUUAUCUCAUAAAAUUGGCUGCUGUUCUCAAGCAUUAUAUGUUUUAAAUGUUCACCUUACCUACCCGAGUUAUGUUUGUGUAGCAAAAAUGACUUGCAGAUGUAAUGCUGCAUUCUAGCUAAAAUCUUAUACAAAUUAUGCAAUUUAUACAAGUGUGUCAUUGAAAUAUGUAUUUAUUUUAAAUAAUGCAAUUCAUUUAUUUAGUUACACAUUUGUUCAUUUUCAUGGACGCUGCCGUUUUUCUUUAUAACAGUCAGGUAGAUUAAUUUCACUCCAACACAAGAAGAACAUUUUAAUUCAUGAUUCCUUCCACUGCAUUUUCCUUAAAUUUUGAACUUCCCAGUGGGGAACCUCUGGAACUUACAUACUUUUCCAUAACAAAAUAAUGUUUCAUUGUCCACAGAACAUGCCUUCCAUAUUACUGCAUUAAUUUAAAAAAAAAAUUAACACUGUCUUACUGUCCAAUAACAUAAAAUAAAUCCCCUACCUUCCCUGCAGCUGUGAACACAGCUGUAUUGUUAAA